CGUAGAGUGCUUCCUGCUCGGAGAUGACAGAGUUCCACACAUGGGCAGAGAGUGAUCGCAGUGCGUGAAAUCUACCUGUGAACAGCUUCCAUCCACACAGCAUCAGCAAGCAUGGGCUUAACUCUGCGUUUGGAGAUCAGGAAGACCAUGCAGAGUGCCGUGCUCAUAUUGGGGGGUCUUGAAGGCAAAGGAUUUCCAGUUGAUAUUUCAGUGAAUCCAUCAUCCUUAGAAAUUAAGACUCCUGAGAGCUGUGAGAUGCUCAGUCUUCCUCCAGAAGUGAAACUGGUUCCUUCAACAUGUCGGUAUGUACAGCACAACGCUGGAGAAGGUCUGCAUAUUCGCCUCAAGGUCCAAGCAGUCUGUGAUGCAGAUGUUGUUCCAGCAUUGAAAGACAUCUUGAAGGUUCAGAAGAGUGUUACGUUUCAGUGCCAGCCAUGUGGUGAAUACAUAAUACGAGAACAGCAGUUCCACAGAGUUCUUCCACUACCAAGUGAAAACUGGAACUCUCUGGUUGAAGAAUGGUGCUGCCACCCAGAUCCCUUUGCCAAUCGGAGUUGCUUGCCCAAGGUUAACGACUGCUUUCUGGGAGACACUUUCUUUUUGGUGAACAGAGCUAAUGUUUCAGAUCCCCCCAGAGAGACUAAUGAGAAGUCAUCUGUUCCUCAUUCUGUUGAUGCUAAUGUCUCGAACACAAAGGGAAAUACCAAAGUCAUUUGCAAACGUUGCAAGGCAAUACUGGGAGAGACUGUGUCAUCAGAUGCUGUCAAAUAUUAUAUCACAGAAGUCUUGAUUCUGCCAUCUGGUCAAGAUUAUAAAUUAAUUUCAAGAACCCAGUUUGUGGAAAGUGUUAUUGUCCAACUUCUGAUGGAAUUAUCUGCCUCCAAGAGCACUUACAGGUUCUGCGUCCAGGGACAAGAUGGCAAACUCGUUCUACUGCUUUGGCUUUUGAAUGUUGACACUCUACUGGUUGAAUCGGGGACAAGAGCGGGGAAUGUGACAUCACUUUUCUCAGACAACUUCCCUGCUCCCUCCACACAGUCUCUUGAAGCCAGAAAUGCUGCAAGGGUACUAUAUUCAUCAUGCACAGAUGGAGGUAACAAUGAGCUUGUGGAUAAAUGGUUGAAUCAGACAGGUGCUCACACACUAACAUUCCCAUCCAACACAUGCUUGGAGCUACUCCUUCUCCUGUCUCUAAACAAUGCCUCUUUGCCACAUUCCUUGCGUUUCAUGAACAAUUGGCAGGUGGCAUAUUUGAAGAUCUGAAGAUUUAUUUUCAAAUUGCACAUCAUUUUUCCAGUAAGCAGAUAACUAACUGCAAUCCAGUAAAUAAAGUUGUUUUUUUUUAUAUUUCUUAAAGCAUAGCUGACCUGGUUGUUAACUAUGCAAGUGUGUGGUACAUGUGAUUUACCUUCAAGGAAAGAAUACAGUCUCCAAAGAGGUAAUGGUGGCCUGUUUGGUGAUAUAUAAAGCACUAUAAUCACGCCUUCUACAUUCCAUUUUCCUUAAUAUAAAUGAAGUUAUUUUUAAUCCCUAGAUGUUAUUGCUCUUUGGGAAAUA